AUGCACUCCACGAAAGACGGACAGUCCAACGGCCACAGUGGUUGCGAUCAACCACCGAUCGGACCUCGGCUGUUCUCUGUCAAGAAACCACCAUCGUUGGACGAUUUCAAGAAGCUCACAACAGAGUCUGUGCUCUGUCAUUAUCCGCUUGCGAAAGCUGUCGAAUCGAAUGUACCCAUCUACCACCUUCCCGAUUACCACUCGCUCAGUCCAGAGGAGCGCUCUGCGCUUCAAGAUGAAUGGUAUCACAUCCUGCUUUCGGGGCCAGGGGUGUUCGUCACCAAGGAUCUGUACAAAGACACUUCCCUGCUUGAAAGAGUAAAUAGGGUUUACGCAAACAUUAUCGCAGAAGAAAAGAAAGUGGCUGGCAAACGCGGUGACCACUUUGCCGGAGCUGGAGCAAACGAUCGCAUCUGGAACUCGCUCUCAAAGCACUGCCUACAAGAUCCGGAAUCUUUUGCAACAUAUUACGCAAACCCAUGGCUGCCGCUAAUCUCUGAGGCAUGGCUGGGUCCACAUCAUCGCCUGACUUCACAAGUCAACAUCGUGAAGCCGGGCGCAAAGGCUCAGAUCUCUCAUAGAGACUACCACAUUGGUUUUCAAGACAAUCAGUCGUGCGAGAGCUUUCCCAAGGCAAUGCAAGUUGCAUCGCAGUUUCUCACACUUCAGGGAGCAGUCGCGCACUCCGCUAUGCCGGUAGAGAGUGGGCCGACUAGGCUUUUGCCGUUCAGUCAAAAGUUCGAGGAGGGUUACAUGGCGUAUCGUAUUCCGGAGUUUGCAGACUACUUUCUGGAGAAGUAUGUAUCUAUGCCACUGGAGAUGGGUGACGGGCUGUUCUUCAAUCCAGCUUUGUUCCAUGCCGCGGGACAGAAUGACUCGGCCGAUAUCAAUCGAUCAGCCAACUUGCUGCAAAUAUCGUCAGCCUUUGGUAAGCCAAUGGAGUCUGUCGAUACACACGCACUUGUCGAAAAGACGUGGGAUGCGAUGUCCACGAUGUAUCAAAAGGAAGGGCUCAGCGACGAACUUAGAGCCCUCGUGAGCGUUGUCGCAGAAGGAUACCCAUUUCCGACCAACCUCGAUAGGAGGGUGCCUGAAACGGCCGGCAUGGCACCUGAAAGCGAGCAGGAUGUAUUGGUGAAGAGUCUAAAGAAGAAGGAUACAAGACAGGCUGUGUUGGAUAUACUGGCGACCAUGCGAAGAGAGUCUAUGGCGUAG